UGAAACCAGAAGCAACAACAGUCAGCAACUGCAGGGUAAAGAGAACAUGCAUUGCUCUCCUUUCAUCCUCACAUUGAUUUGUUUUUCUGAUAUUUUGGUGAAUUUUAUAACUUGGGGUGAUCAGUAUAGUCUGGAGUGUCUCAGUAAUUAUUUAUCCAAUAUCACCUGCUCUCUGAACAUCUCGGCUGAGUCUCUGGGCAAUGAAUCAUCCUACUGGCUGCAGUUCAGCACAUAUGACGAGCACUAUGACUGCACACUGAAGAUGGGAGAACAGUCGUUACUAUGCGAGUUGGAUUUAUCACCGCAUGUGGUUUUCAACGAUGUAGAGAGCUACAGGAUCUCCCUCCAUUCCGGUUACCAUGGCAACAACUUCUCCGUCGUGCUAGAUGCUGACUUCAUGCCUAGUAAACACAUUCGUCCCGUCCCUCCGUCUAACCUGUCACUGCUCUGGGAAAAAGACAGGGCUCUUUUCCAGUGGCAGAGCGGAUAUGACGCAGACAGUUUCUUCAUACCCGACCUUCAGUACCAGCUCAGCAUUUACAGUCAACACAAGCUGUAUGAGGUAGAAGCUGUUGAACAGAAGGUGUAUGUGGACGAGUCUAGAUUUGAACCUCACACAAAUUACACAGUGCGUGUGAGAUCGCGGCCAGAUCAAGUGUAUUAUAAAGGCGUGUGGAGUUUGUGGACCCCUGCGUUACACUGGAGAUCGGGGGACAUUCACAAAGAGACUCCAGGAGGAUCUUUCCCUACUGUGGGAAACAAUUAUUCCCUAUUCUCUAUUGGGUAUCUUCUGUUAGUGCCAUUGCUGCUGGUCCUUCUGUUCUGUAUCCCAUACUCCAGAUGGAGGAAGAAUAAUUAUAUACCUUCACCAGCCCCUUAUUUCAGAGACUGGGAUGUAGAUGUUCAGAUCCGUUCAACGCUGUCAGGUAAGAUGAGAGAUGUGAUGCAGGGGGAGGAGUCUCUCAAGAUUGACAUUCUGACAGAGAGCACAGACACACCCCCUCAACCCUCCACCUUAGACUAUGAGAAUUUGGGAGAGAUCCACGAGAAUGAGUCUCCCAGCAUGCCGCAGUCUCCUGUGGGCUCAGAGGUCGACUCAGGCUGCUGGAUUCGCGAUUUUGCAACAACUGAGAGAGGAAGCAUCACAUGCAGUGAGGACUACUGCACACUCUCCAAUUCACACAUUUAUGCAGUCUAACAUGUGUAUGCACACUACUGUUCAA